AUGCGGGCGGUGCUGGCACGGCCGGGGAGCGCGGCGGAGCAGUCCAGGCGGGCGGCGGAGGCGGUGCGGGUGGUGGCGAUCGGGAAGACCAAGCUGGUGUCCCUGCUGCGGCAGCUCUACGACGCCGGCCACCGCUGCUUCGGUGAGAACUACGUCCAGGAGUUCGUCACCAAGGCGCCGCAGCUUCCAGAAGAUAUCCGGUGGCAUUUCGUCGGGCACUUGCAGAGCAACAAGGUGAAAUCGCUUGUAGGAUUGUUGUUCUUUGCCAUAACACCACAUCUCACUCCGCGCAUCAUCUCUGGACACUGCUCUUCCGCUGCUGCAACCCAGCUAGCACCAAUGACGCCAUGCAUGGAGCAAGUCAAGGUUUUUUGUUUUCGUCACUCCUUUGUUAUAUGGAAGAAGACUUCAUGGUUAGCAUUAUUUAUUAUAACACAUUCAUAUAAGAUUUUCUUGCCACUGUAA